AUGGACAAACGUCCUGAUCUCGACCACCUCGAGGCCGCAGUCUCCCAAGCUGACAAAGAGGAGUCUAAAAUAAGCGCCGCCGCAACGGAGCAAGUACUCACCCUUCGAGAUGUCUUUAAGAACCACAAAACGCUCGUUUGGUGGUGCUUUUUCUGGGCUAUGUGCGCUGUUGGCUGGGGUUUUGAUGCCCAAAUCAACGGAGCAAUGAUUUCGGUGGCCUCUUUUCGACGCGAUUUUGGCUAUAUAUAUGACGGCGAACCUGUGCUGCCUGCACAGUGGCAGACCGCCUUCAAUGUCAUUGGCACAGUCGGACAAUUCUUUGGUGGCUUCAUGUGUAGCUGGCUCGCCGACCGCGUUGGCCGUAGAUGGUCCCUUCUCAUUGGAGUCAUCUGGUGCGCUGGUGGCUGCCUUGGUGAGGUCUUCUCGGAUACUCGAGGAGCCUUCCUAGCCUCCAAAUUGAUCUUCGGCGUUGGGCUCGGAUUUUAUCUCACCCUAGCGCCGCUAGCUUGCAGUGAAAUCGCUCCGGUUGUGCUUCGCGGUGUAUCGACGGCUGGCGUCAAUCUUGGUAUUGCGAUCGGCCAACUGCUGUCAAACGCCUUCAUCAAGGCGUUUGGUGAACGAGAAGAUAAAUGGGCCUACCGCGGACCAUUCGCCAUUCAACUCUUCUUUGGUGUGUUCCUCGCUGCAGGUCUAAUCUUCGUCCCGGAAACCCCAUGGUACCUGGCUCAUAAAGGCAAAAAGGAGCUAGCUCUCAAAUCUAUCCGCAGCCUUUAUGGAGACGGAGUCGAUGCCGACCGCAUGCUAGCUAGCCUUGAAAACACCAUCCAGGAGGAGUCACGCAGCAACGAAAGACAAUCUGAAAUGAGACUCACAGAUUGUUUCCGUGGGACCGACCGCCUCCGCUCUGGUAUCUCAACAGGAGUGUUUCUUUGCCAGCAUAUGGUGGGAAUCAUCUUUGUUCUCGGAUACUCCACUUACUUCUUCCAACUUGCAGGCUUGGAUACCUCCAACUCUUUCGACCUAGGAGUUGGUGUGACGGCAUGUGGCGUUGCUGGAAACUUCGCAAGCUGGUUCAUUGUCGAAUCUUUCGGUAGACGCAAGGUCUUUAUAUCGGGCAUGGUUGCGUUAACAUGUCUGCUACUGCUGAUAGGCAUCAUGGACGUGGUCCCUACCGGUGCUGCUAAGUGGGUGCAGGCGUCCGCAACUGUCAUCUAUGCCUUUGUCUACUUCAUGACGAUUGGUGCAAUGGCAUUUGUUCUCCUCGGCGAAACUUCAAGCACUGCACUUCGGGCUCAGACCACAGCUCUUGCAACCGCAACACAAGCAAUUUGUGGCCUCGUCAUGAACUUCGCCGUUCCGUACAUGGUAAAUCCCGACGAAGGAAACUUGAAGGGCAAGGUCGGAUUCGUCUUUGGCGGUUUGGCUCUCAUUGGCACAAUCGGAAGUUAUUUCUACGUCCCAGAGCUCAGGGGAAAGACAUUCGACGAGAUCGACCGAUUGUUCGCUGCAAAGGUUCCUCCACGAAAGAUGGGCACGCAUCAAUUCUAG